UGACGUGACUUGACAGUCAGGUGUUCGCUUUGGAUGUUUUAGGUUUUGAGAAGUAAAAUUAAAUUAUUGUCAUUCUUUCUUUAUUCAUUGGUUUGAAUAUUUUUUGGUAGCACACUCACAGAUUUCAUUUUAAACUUCGCAAUACGCUUUAUACUGUAAAUUUAGACGCUUUAAAACAAGAUGUCUCAAGCCCGUUUAGCUUCGUGUGUACCUCUGCCUCUUGAAAAUAAAGUUUUAGUUAAUGUUAUAGAAAAGGCUAAAGAUUGGGCGCUUAUGCAUGGAGUUGGCAUGAGGGACAGAAAACAUUUCAAUAAAGAUGUUAUUCAGAUUGCACCGUUUGUCCUUUUACCGUCACCAUUUCCACGGACUGAGUUCAUGAAGGCUGUGGAGCUCCAACCAGUCCUAAAUGAACUUAUGCACAAGGUGGCCCAUGAUGACCAAUUUCUGGAGCAGACGCUACAGAAUGCGCUUCAAGUUGACGAGUUCACGAAAAACCUGUACGAUAUAUGGGUGAAAGUCCGUAACGAAGGGAUCACACAGCCGAUAUCGCUAGGUAUGCUGCGCUCCGACAUCAUGUUGGAAUCUCGGUGCCCACACACGGAGAACAAGUGUGGGAAACACACCCCUUACUGUUCGUGGAAGCAGGUUGAGAUCAACAGCAUUGCGUCAGGAUUCGGCCAUCUUGGCCCCUCGCUCUGCCUCGGCCUCUUCCGCUCCGACUACCUGAUGCAGCGGGACGGAAACAAGAUUAAACAAGUGGAAUUUAACACAAUCGCUUCCAGUUUUGGCGCCAUCACUUCGAAUCUGCCCGCCAUGUUUCGCUACAUCUUGAGGUCGAUGGGUUACGGAGAUAUAAUAAAAAACAUGCCCGAGAACCGCGCUCUAUCGGGUCUCUGCGCGGGCAUCAUAGAGGCGUACGACUUGUUCGGUGUCCCGGAUUCUCUCGUGUUGUUCGUCGUGGAAGAAGUAUCAUACAAUAUAUGCGAUCAGAGAUUCCACGAGUUCCACAUAACGGAAGCACGACCUGACAUUAUGGUUAUUAGAAAGACACUAUGUGAAAUUUACGAGGAGACUGAAUUAAAUGAUAAGAAACAAUUACUAUUAGAAGGAAAACCUGUUGCCGUGGUGUAUUAUAGGUCAGGGUAUGAACCUGCCCAGUACCCCAGCUCCAGGGAAUGGGACGCCAGGCUAAGAGUGGAAAGAUCUAGUGCAAUAAAAUGCCCCUCCAUCCACUACCAACUGGCUGGCACUAAAAAGGUCCAACAAGCUCUGGCCAUACCCGGCGCGUUGGAGAAAUUCAUGGGCGCCGGCGCUAGUAGCGGCCGAGUAAGGGAUAUAUUUACGGGAUUAUACUCGUUGGAUUUCGACGAGGCCGGUGAGAGGGCGCUUGAAAUGGCUAUCGCCGAUGCUGAGAGGUUUGUACUGAAGCCUCAGAGGGAGGGUGGGGGUAACAACUUGUAUGGGGAAGACGUGCGCGAAGCGCUGCUGCGCAUGCGCCACAGCAGAGAGAGAGCCGCGUACAUACUGAUGGAGAGGAUCCUACCGCCGUUGGUAUCGGGCUACGUGGUCCGCCCGGGGGCUCCGGUGCCUCCGCCGCUCACCGACCUGGUCUCCGAGCUGGGGAUCUUCGGAGUCAUCAUUGGGACCAAAGACAAGAUAUACAGCAACCGGCAAGUUGGUCACAUGUUGCGCACGAAGUUGGCGGACGCGAACGAGGGCGGCGUCGCGGCCGGCCUCGGCGCCCUGGACUCGCCGUAUCUGCUUGACAUGUAGCCGAGUAUCAGAAGCUCUUCUCACCCUUCUUGAAGAUCUUGAACAUAUAUUCAGUUAAGAAGAUUCUAAAAAAAAGAAAAUUAAAGGCGAUAUGGUGCUCACCUGUUCAAUUAUUUUAUUACGUUUCGAAAUAUUGUUUUUAUUAGGUUUUUAAAUUAUAAUAGUUUUAACAACUAUGCAUUCCCGUCAUAGUAACGUGCAAAUAUAAAACAUGUUAUUCGUAUUCUUUCUUUGUUAAAUUACUGAUACAAUUUGUCACUAAAACAUAAAAUGACACGAACAAGUAAAGAUAUCGAAAUUU